AUGUCCUCCUCCCCAGAAUCCCAAUCCCCCUCCUCCCCCGACAGCCCCCGCCAUCUCGCCUGGCCAGUCCCCUCGGUCCCAAUCACAGUAACCCACUACAACACCCACACCCGCCAACACACAACCUCAACCACCACCACAACAACCACAAGCCCAACAGCAGGCCCCUCCCCAACCGGCGGCCCAACAAUGAUCAAAUCCCGCCGCUUCUACUCCUCCCCUCUCUCCGAUACCUCGAGCACCCCGGACCCAAAAACCCCCUUACAAGCCUACGGCCUCGAACAGCGCGAGCCCUCGAUCGCAGAGGAAAAACCGCACCUGCUGCGCCGGGUCUCGCACGCGCUCGACGAUAUCAAGGAGGAUUUUAGUCUGGGGUUGGAUGCGAGGGGGACGGCGGAGAAGAUAAGGAGUCGCAGGCGUGGGUCUGUGUUUUUUGAGGCUCCGCCGUCGAGCUCGUUGGCGCCGAGGCCGGAGUCUGCACGGCCGUUGUCUAUUUUUUCGACGGCGGGGUCUGUUGACCAUGGGAGUGGGAGUGCUGGGAAGAGGAUGAGUAGGAGGUUGUCGAUGUUUGGGGGUGGGUUUUCGCAGCGCAGGAAGAGAGUGGGAGAGAGUAUUUCGCAGCCGAAUUUGAUUGGGUCGUCGACGCAUUUGUGA